ACCCUACACAGAGACAGAGAGGAGUAGCAAACCCAACACAGACACAGAGAGGAGUAGUACACCCAACACAGAGACAGAGAGGAGUAGCACACCCAACACAGAGACAAACAGCCCAGUGCCACACACUUUAGAAACCACAGGGAACGUCCAUUCAGCCAGUCCAUGUGUGGGUAUCCUCAACGGACCUGUCACAAAGACCCAGCCUCAGGCCUGCCUCGGUGCUACAAAGCUCCACAUUGAGGCAUGCGUAUCGGGUGUCCGCUGCCAGGAAGAGCACGAGGUGUGUGUCACCAACAGGAACUCAGCAGAGCCGACUGAACCGUCAGAUACGGUGAACAGGAUCUGUCCAAUCAUAUCGUCCGUGGAGGCUGGACUUCCUUUAGAGGCAGGACUUACUGUAGACGUGGGACUUCCUGAAGAGGCGGGACUUCCUUACUUGCUAGACGCCCGUGUGCCUAUACCUGUUCCCGACCCGUAUCUCUCACCGUCACUAGACAGGAAGGGGAUCAACCAGUCAGAAUCCCAGUUAGCCUCACAUGUCCUACCUACUGGGCUAGAGAGUGGAGGAAUUACAGUGAUACAACAACGACAACAACAACAAACACAGCACUCCAGUUCACAACCCCAGGAAAAGGAUGCCGUUCAAACCCAGGGCCUAAUCCCUGAGCUCCAGGACCAGGGGGGCUCUAGCCCAGAGACACCCAGGGACAGUGAGCACUCGCCUGGGGAGCAUAAGUGGGAUGAGGCCUGGCUGAGGGAAGGCUCCACCUCUGUAGAGCUCAAGCCUGGUUUUGCUCAUCCUCAGUCUGACACUGAGGGGGGCAUUGAGGAAUGCCUACCCCCCCACCCCUACUCCCUCCCCCACAUAGACAGGCCGCUUUGCUCUGACAGCUUAGGGUCCGACGACUCAGAACAUUCCCAGCUGAAGACCUCAGACAGAGAGUACAGGACAGGAUCAACCCAUUCCCUGUCUGUGGAAAGAGAGGAGGAGAAGGAGGAGGAGGGAGAGGAGGAGAAAGAGGAGGAGGAAGAUAGUCAUGUUUACAGUCAGCAGGAGCAGGCAGUAGAAAGCACGUCCUGUCCUUAUUCAGCACAGUCAAACACUGUUACAGCAGAACUCUCUGACCAUACAGACACUGUUACAGCAGAACUCUCUGACCGUACAGACACUGUUACAGCAGAACUCUCUGACCAUACAGACACUGUUAUAGCAGAACUCUCUGACCAUACAGACACUGUUACAGCAGAACUCUCUGACCAUACAGACACUGUUACAGCAGAACUCUCUGACCGUACAGACACUGUUAUAGCAGAACUCUCUGACCGUACAGACACUGUUACAGCAGAACUCUCUGACCAUACAGACACUGUUAUAACAGAACUCUCUGACCGUACAGACACUGUUAUAGCAGAACUCUCUGACCAUACAGACACUGUUAUAGCAGAACUCUCUGACCGUACAGACACUGUUAUAGCAGAACUCUCUGACCAUACAGACACUGUUAUAGCAGAACUCUCUGACCGUACAGACACUGUUAUAGCAGAACUCUCUGACCUUACAGACACUGUUAUAACAGAACUCUCUGACCAUACAGACACUGUUAUAGCAGAACUCUCUGACUCUGACCAUAUUGGGCUGCCAAGCACAGAGGAUGCCUUCAGCCCUACAGGAGUCUUCAUAGAGAUCACCAGUGAUCUGCUUGUUGACCUCAGCUCACAGGGUGUGUCUAGUGACAUAGGCCAGGGGUCAACCCAACCUACAGAGACUGAAUCUCUUCAGGGAGACAGCACAGAACCCUCUGCCUUAGAUCAGGAAGCCACGCCGCUGAGGAGGAUAAAGAUUACCGUGGGAACAGACUCUACUGUGUGUAACGACGAGGUCCAGAGCCAGCUGAAGGAGCUAGACAUCCAUCACAGCAUUUCUGGGCCUGAACCCUCUCUCUGCACCGUGCCACCCUCCAUCCUGCCUCUGUCCUGCCUCUCUGACUCCAACAACAACACCAAGGCCAGCGACGGGUCGGUGUUGGGGUCUCCCUGUACAAGGGGUAAGAGGCCAGAGCAGUGGUCCUCCAAGGUAGAGGUAGCCCCCCAGAGCAGCUCAGAAGAGGGUAGGGAUAAAACCCAUGACGAGUCCCCUUCCCUGACCGAGCCCUCCACGUGUACCUCUGACCUCCUGGGGGAGACCACAGAGACACCAGACAGCCCCCUAGAAUACCCCCCUGAGGACUCUGAGGAGUUCCUGUCCUACCUGGCCUACAAGCACUACUGGAGCAGCGAGGACUCAGCCGUGUCCGGGUUGGGGGACGAGUGUCACUUCAGCUUGGCUGAGGUGGAGGAGCUAGAGAGGCUCCAGGGAGAGGGCCACGGAGACGUCCCUUAUCAGAACCAUACUGAAACUACAGGCUGUAGGAGAGAUACAUCUAACCAUACAGACACUACAGGCUGUAGGAGAGAUACAUCUAACCAUACAGACACUGCAGGCUGUAGGAGAGAUAUAUCUUACCAUACAGACACUACAGGCUGUAGGAGAGAUAUCUCAGACCAUACAGACACUACAGGCUGUAGGAGAGAUAUCUCAGACCAUACAGACACUACAGGCUGUGGGAGAGAUAUAUCUAAACAUACAGACACUACAGGCUGUGGGAGAGAUAUAUCUAACCAUACAGACACUACAGGCUGUAGGAGAGAUAUCUCAGACCAUACAGACACUACAGGCUGUGGGAGAGAUAUAUCUAACCAUACAGACACUACAGGCUGUAGGAGAGAUAUAUCUAAACAUACAGACACUACAGGCUGUAGGAGAGAUAUCUCAGACCAUACAGACACUACAGGCUGUGGGAGAGAUAUAUCUAAACAUACAUACACUACAGGCUGUAGGAGAGAUAUAUCUAAACAUACAGACACUGCAGGCUGUGGGGAGGUUGUAGAGGGGGUAGUUAAUUCUAAUUGUGCUGCUAACAGUCCUUCAGACCUUUCUGAACCCUUAGCUUCCUACCUGGAGACCAGAGGCCUGCUAUUGGACAGCACAGAGAAAGAGGAGGUGCAGCAGUCCAGCCCCCACCAAUCCCCUAACCCUCCCUCAGAGGGAGACAGACAGGACUGUAGCAAAUCACCUGGGGCUUUAGGAUUAGAGGACAGUUUGUUUGCUGAGGAGUCCAGCUCGUACAGCACCUACCUCCAGACCAGCUCUCACCCUGCCCUCCUGCAGCAGGAUCGUGGGGUGAGGAUUGUGAGGUACCCCUACUCCGACGUCAGUCUCAACCUGCUCUCUCUCAGUAGCCUCGAGCCCAUCCUAGAGGCAGACUCCGACCGCUCCCUGGACAACUCUGGGAUUGUGGAGGAUGUGACUGGAGUAGAGGAGGAGGGGGAGGAGGAGGAGGAGGAAGAAGGGGAGGAGGAGGAGCGAAGACAGAGUGUUAGGAUGAGGCCCACUGAGAAAGACAGGGACAGUGUUGUCCUGUCUGGUGACAUCAUCCUGUCAAACUCCACCUCCGGCCUUGAGAGCCCGUCGUUGUGUCUCCCCGAGGACUCAUCCAGUAUCGAGUCAUCAGAGCACCAACUGGACUCGUUGACCUUUGACCCCAGGGGCCAUGCAAGCAGCGAGAGACGCUCCAGUCCAACCCCCACCUCUGUGUCCUACGACUUUGACACCACCAGCACUAACAGUGAGGAAACGGAAGAGUCCAUCCUGCCUGUCUCGGGGGGGAACACCAACCUCCACAAACCCAUGAAGAGCAACUCUAAAGACAGCCAGGCAGGGAGGGCCAAGAGCUCCAAGUUCUCUGUUUUUGCCAAGAUGCCUUCUUUCAGGAAGGGGAAGAGUCUGAAGAAUGCCAAGGAGGAGGACUUGCCCCGGGACUCACCAGACCUGGGCCUGAGCAGGGAUAUGGGGGGAGGACAGGUAGGACAAGGGGGAGACACCUCGGAUGAUGACAAUGUUUUCUUGAAGGGGGACAUCCUGUGCCAGACGGUUCAGCAGCCCUUCUCCUCUGGUCUGGGUGGUCGCUACGAGACAGAGCAGGAGGAUUACAGCUUCUUCCCCUCCACACCGCGCACCCGCCAUGUCCGCCUGCUCUUCAGGGAUGGGCCUGGGGACACCCCCCUGACCUCCCAGCCCGGAGGUCUCAGACACAACCAGACCGGGGCCCCCGAGGGCCUGCACGGCUACAAGAGGAGCAAGAGCUCUGACAGCCUCAACCUCCGCAUGCGCUUCGCCCAGGCCCACAAGUCCCUGUCCAGCCUGUUUGAGUCUCGCUCCAUGGACAAGGAGAACGAGGAGGAGCAGGUGAACAUUGAGACUGGGAGCGAAGGGGAGGUGGGGCGAGCCAAACAGUCCUGGAGGAGGCUAAAGAGAGAGAGGGCCAAGGAGGCAGAACUGCUGAGGAGGACCCUGUCUGUCCCGGUCGGGGACGGGGUCAAGGGAGGGGACGGUGAGGAUGGGGGUGUGAGGACGCCCAGACAGACCCACAGUGACUAUGCGUCCCGCUCUGCCUCAGUGCUCAGUGUCUCUGGGUCCCCCUCCUCUCUCAGGGCCCUGUGUCUCACCGACCCCCUCACUAAGAGGGGCUUCCAGGACAGUCAGAGCGUGGCUGGGGAGAACACCCCACUGGGCUGCAAGUCAGAGGGCCAGAGGAGGAAAGGGAAAGUCCCACCCAACGGCCUGUCAAUCAACUUCUCUGACUCCGGACCGCACUCCUCGGACGACUCUGAAGCCCCACCCACAAACGACUCCAGCCCCCUGUCGCCCAUGAGCCCCGCCUCCCUGGCCACCCUAGCCAAUCAGCUGUCUUGGUCCAGCUCCAGGUCCCCAGGAGGAGCCUAUGAGAGCACAGCGUCUAGCAUGGCAGCAACACCAGACACCCCAGUGAGACCCAUGAGCCCCAAGCCCCACAGCCCCAGACCGGCUGCCCAGCACAGGCCCUUCCGCUACCCCCAAUCUGCAUCAGCCCGGGCCUCAGCCCUGUCCUUGCUCCUCAUGGCUCAAUCAGCCAGUGUAGAGGGCUUGUCUGACCCACCAGAGAAGCCCAAGACCCUGAAGCCCAGAGCGGGGCCGCUAGGCUCCUCCUCCCUCAGUCCAUUGGAGGACAGUGGAGUGGACAGCCAAUCACAGAUCAACCUGCUUACACCUAUGUCCAUCAACCAGUUUGAGACUCAGGGUGGCUGUAGACCCACCAGCCAGGCAGGAGGAGAGAAGAGGCUAGCAGAGCUUAAGUCCCCUGGGUCUGGACUGGUCACUACUGCCUCAGCCCUCAGACCACCACCAGGCCACAGGCCGAACAGGGAGAGGGACAGGGGUCCAAGACGCCACCGCUGCUCCUCAGACGACCUGUGGAUCGAAGAGGAGAAGAGACGGAAGCGGAAGCUGGCCCGAGUCGUGAGGGGCAGCCUGGGACAACUCAACACCCACUGUCCUGAAGAUCUGGAGAAAGCACGGGCUCGAGUGUCCCUGACGACCAUGGAGGAGUUCUCCAGGAUUCCCCUGAAGGCCCACUGCUUCUCCCAGAGCACCCCCAUCGGACUUGACUGUCUGGGCUGGAGACGACGCAUCUCCUACCCCUCGGUGAUAGUACCAGACGGAGGUGGAGAGAAGGCCGGUCUGGGUGAUGAUCUAGGCAGUGAUGAAGACCUGUAUGAAGAGUUCCGCAGCUCCGGACAUCGCUGUGGACACCCAGGGGGAGGUGGAGAACAACUGGCCAUAAAUGAGCUGAUCAGUGAUGGCAGCUGUGUGUACGCCGAGGCCCUGUGGGACCAUGUCACCAUGGACGACCAGGAGCUUGGCUUCAAGGCUGGGGACGUCAUCGAGGUAGUGGAUGCCACCAACAAGGAGUGGUGGUGGGGACGCAUCCUGGACAGUGAGGGCUGGUUCCCAGCUAGCUUUGUUCGGUUGCGUGUGAACCAGGAUGAGCCCAUGGAGGAGUACCUAGCCCAGCUGGAGGAGGCUGGGGCUGGGGAAGUGGACCGGCCAGGGGUGGGUCUGAUCCUGGGACCAGGCUUGCCGUGUAAGGACCAGAUGAGGACUAACGUUAUCAAUGAGAUCAUGAGCACAGAGAGAGACUACAUCAAACACCUCAAAGACAUCUGUGAGGGUUACAUCAAGCAGUGCCGUAAGAGGAUAGACAUGUUCACAGAGGAGCAACUGCGGUGUAUAUUCGGCAACAUCGAAGACAUCUACCGCUUCCAGAAGAAGUUACUGAAAGGUCUGGAGAAGAGGUUCAACAAGGAGCAGCCGCACCUCAGCGAGAUUGGAUCCUGCUUCCUCGAACACCAAACAGACUUCCAGAUCUACUCGGAGUACUGUAACAACCACCCCAACGCCUGUGUGCAGUUGUCCAGACUGAUGAAGACCAACAAGUACGUGUUCUUCUUCGAGGCCUGUCGUCUGCUGCAGAAGAUGAUUGACAUCUCGCUGGAUGGCUUCCUGCUCACGCCCGUUCAGAAGAUCUGCAAGUACCCUCUGCAGCUGGCCGAGCUACUGAAAUACACCAACCCUCAGCAUAGGGACUAUAAGGACGUGGAGGCUGCCUUGAACGCCAUGAAGAACGUGGCCAGGCUGAUCAACGAGAGGAAGCGGCGCCUGGAGAACAUCGACAAGAUCGCCCAAUGGCAGAGCUCCAUAGAGGACUGGGAGGGAGAAGACAUCCUCAGUAUGAGUUCAGAUCUGAUCUUCUCUGGAGAGCUGACGAAGAUCUCCCAGCCUCAGGCUAGGAGCCAGCAGCGCAUGUUCUUCCUCUUCGACCACCAGAUGGUCUACUGCAAAAAGGACCUCCUGCGCAGGGACAUGCUGUACUAUAAGGGUCGUAUGGACAUGGACCUGAUGGAGGUGGUGGAUGUGGAGGACGGGAAGGAGAAGGACUUCAACGUGUCGGUGAAGAACGCUCUGAAGCUGCGCUCGCUGGCGGGGGACGAGGUCCACCUGCUGUGUGCCAAGAAGCCUGAGCAGAAACAACGCUGGCUCCGAGCCUUCCAGGACGAGAGGACGCAGGUGCAGCACGACCUCGAAACAGGAUUCUCCAUCACUGAGGUCCAGAAGAAACAGGCCAUGCUGAACGCCUGCAAAAGCCAUCCAGCUGGGAAGCCCAAAGCGGUGACCCGGCCCUACUAUGACUUCCUGCUGCGUCAGAAGCACCCGUCUCUGCCCAGCACCGUACCCCAGCAGCAGGUCUUCAUGCUGGCUGAGCCCAAACGCAAGGCGACCACCUUCUGGCAAAACAUCGGCAGACUGACGCCUUUCAAGAAGUGAAACGUCGGAGAGGAGGAUUAGAGGAGAAAGGCUAACGCCUGAACUGACUUUUUUAUCCCCAAUCCUUUUUUUUCCUUCUCUCGUUUGUUCUUUGUUAUACAUACUGUUAUCCUAAUUCAUAUACUGAUUAUUGUGAAAGAUCAACAUGAUGAUGAUGAUGAUAUUUUUUUCUUUGAGAAAGCACUUUAUAGGUUGGUUACAAUCAGACUUGGGAAUGGUUCUCCCGGACAUCGUGUAUACGUUGGGAGAAUGUUACUAGGACUAUUUUACCUGCUACUGCUACUACAACUUCAACCAAGCACCGAUUGGUACUAAUAUUACUACUGCUGUGUGAUCAUGUGACUGCCAAUGAGGCUCCUCUUUUUGGAAAGACGUUGACUGACGCAACUAAAUGAUUUUUUCCCCCAGUGUUUUUGUUUUGUUUCGACAAAUGCCAACUGUUCACAGUGCCAGAUCAAUUUUGCUUUUGUAUUUAAGUUUGUGCUGUGUCUGCUAUUGAAAAAAAGGUGAAAAAGGGGGAUAAAGUUUAUUGUACUUCUCUUUGUGCAAA